UCAUAGGAGUGAAAUGUGAAAUUAACCUCAAUGAUUGUAAUCCUAAUCCAUGUGUAAAUGGUGGUUCAUGUAAAGAUAUGGUUAAUGGUUAUAAAUGCUACUGUCCUCUGGGAUAUACUGGUCCUGAUUGUCAAGAACACACACGUAGUGAUCCAGUUGUAACACAGUUACCCCCAGAACACAACCAGCAUAUGAAGACAUUGUAUGUUGUAAGUGGUUGCUUAGGAACAGCAUUUAUCAUUGUCAUCGUCACUAUGGUGAUAUGUGUAUGCAGAUUACAAACACCAGGUGGUGGUUAUGAUUAUUACACUGAUAUGUCGACUCCAAUAAAAUCAAAUAAAAGCAAAAAAGGACAUGGCAGUGAAAACCCUAAACUGUCUGUAGAUCUAACAUCUUUAAGCCAACCCCGUCCAUCCGUGCAAGCCAUAUAUGAAGUAACUACAGUGGAUUACAAGACUGAUCCCAAUGAACCUUUGGUGGCAUCACUCAAACCAAAAUCAGUGUAGAAAUAUUCUACUUGAAGUGAACAUUGUUAGCUUUUAUUCUGUCUAUGUACAAACCAUCAUUGUCAAAAAAGAUUGGUUAUAUCAUUGUUAAACACUGUGAAACAUUGCAAUAGAGAUUUCAAACUGUUGUAUAUUUAUUUUCAUGACUUACUAGUAGUUGAAAUCAGUUAGUUCACAGCAUUUCUAAAAACAUCCCUGGAUGUGUCAGUUACUUCACGGCAUUCAUCAAACAUCCCUGGAUGUGUCAGUGAGUUCACAGCAUUUAUAAAACAUCCCUGGAUCUGUCAGUUAGUGCCAUAACCAACCACUGAGGGGGGCGGGUCACAACAUUUUCAGA